GUCAGGAUCGCUGCAGAGAUCCCGCUGCCUCGGCUCUCACGAUUAAUCGUGGGGAUGGUGUUGACAGCGAGAGGCGGCGGACGGCCACUUCUACGCGUUAAAUAGAUGUCCGGACCGGGUGAGGUUACAUCCGUACGGGUGGAACACACACUCUCCGCGGCCCCGCCGCCGUUCGUGGAGGAGGACGACGCUGACAGGCCGAGGACGCCGUUAACAUAACUGAUGGAAUUCCCAGCCGUCGCUAGAUGGAGAAACCGAAAGGGUGGACUCGUUAUAAAUAAUUAAAAAACCACAACACAUCUGCUGCUUGAAACACAGGGAAGAUGCAUCUGCACCAGGUGCUGACUGGAGCCGUGAAUCCCGGGGACUGCUGCUACUCGGUGGGAAGCGUGAAUGACAUCCCGUUCACGGCCUAUGGCUCGGGGUGUGAUGUGGUGAUACUGGCGAGUGACUUUGAUUGUGUUCAGAUUAUCCCGGGAGCUCAGAAUGGAAACAUACAGGUGGGCUGCGUGGAGUGCUCCCACCAGCUUGGCAGGAUUGCUGCGUCCUAUGGAAACACAGUCUGCAUCUUUGAACCUCUUUCUACCAACCCAAAUAAACGCCACAAGCAGCUUAACUAUCAGUGGCAAAAGACAGGACAGUUCUUCCUUGAUGCCAUCACCUACAACUUGGCUUGGGACCCGCAAGGGAACCGUAUCCUAGCAGCAACGGAGCGGCUCCAGCUGUGGGCUCCUCCGCUGACAGACGCCCUAAUAGAGGAGGAGGAUGGGCAGCUGAUGGAGGACCGGCCCCACCCUGUCCUCAACGACUGGAACUGUGUCUGGCAGUGCAAGACCGCUGCUUCUGUUCACGUCGCCAAGUGGUCUCCUGAUGGAGAGUACUUUGCAACUGUUGGAAAGGAUGACUGUUUACUCAAGGUGUGGUAUCCCACCACGGGUUGGCGCUCUGCGGUGGUGGUUCAGGACCCAUCAGACAAAAAGCCUCUUCCUGUUCACUUCUCCUUUGUUUACCUGGCGCAUCCUCGCUCAGUCACUGGGAUGUCCUGGAGGAAGACCAGCAAGUACAUGCCAAAGGGUUCAGUGUGCAAUGUGUUGCUGACAUCCUGUGAAGACGGUGUGUGUCGGCUGUGGUCGGAGACUCUAUUACCCGAAGACAGUCUGCUUGGAGGACAGAUCUCUGAGAACACACACACCUUCAGCUCCAGCCUGCCAGGCCUGGGAGGCAAUAAGGACAAGAUCCAGCAUGCUUUAGAGUCAAUCCACCACCUAAAACACCUGCGCCGGGGUCGACGACGAUCCUCUGCCCUUGUGGCACACAGUGAGCUGCUCCCCUCCCAGCUCGGCACACAGGAUGCACACACUCACCGCCACAUCGCUCACCAUGCCAACGCUCUCUGUCACUUUCAUAUCUCAGCCAGUAUUAACCCCAACACAGAUAUCCCAUCAAUGCUAGCAGACUCUGCAGUGUUCAACCCAGAUGAUGGUACCGGUGGUGGAGGCUUUAUGGUUCACUGGCUAAACAAUAAAGAUCUCAGCUUCACUUCCUCCAUGGAUCUCUUUAUGCUGCAGCUCCGCAAGUUCUCCGAACAGCAGCUGGACCAGACUGCUGAAGACCCCCUAGACCCCGAAGGAUCCCCCAUGAAGUUUGACUUUGAUCUGGACGAGAUGUCUGACAAAGCAUCCUCCGAGCACGGAGAGGAGGGUGAGUCAGCAGAGCAGGGAAGCACCAAGGCCUCCUCCCCUGGAUCCAGCUCCAGCAUGCCUUUGCCCUCCAUGCUGCUGGAGCGGAAGAUGGAGACUCUGACCACAGAGUGGAACAAAAGCCCUGACAUGCUGUUCACCAUCCAUCCCUCUGAUGGAUCUUUCCUGGUUUGGCACGUAAAAUACCUGGAUGAGUUCAACCAGGGCAUCUUCAGACAAGUUCAGGUGUCCUUCUCCUCUCGUAUUCCAGUGGCAUUUCCCACAGGUGAUGCUAACUCACUGAGCAAAAACAUCCUCAUGUACGCCUGCACUUUGACCGAGGGUGAGAGCGCCGGGGGAAACGAACAGGGGAGGAUGGCUCAUGUCUCCCAUUCUGCGUCAGCCUCGGCCGGCCUGGGAUCACCUGCUUUGGCCUCCUCUCCCAGCCCUGGCCUCGGCAUUAGUCCUGCCGUCAUGAUGGUCUCCAAACAUGUUGACGGAUCCCUCAACCAGUGGGCAGUGACAUUUGCUGAGCGUUCCGCCUUUUCCAAUGUACUGACAGUAUCUCACAAGUUUCGGUACUGCGGCCACCGCUUUCAUCUGAAUGACCAGGCCUGUCACACAGUGCUGCCACUGCUGCUGACCUCCUCUCACCACAAUGCCCUGCUCACCCCUCCCUCGGCCCCCGGCAGCCUGGAAGGGGAGCAGCCUCCCACCUUUCCUCUACCAAAGGGACUUCCCAGGAAGCAGCUUCGUAAUGCAGCAACAAGGACCUUUCACGACCCCAAUGCCAUAUACAGUGAGCUGAUCUUGUGGAGAGUGGACCACAUUGGACCCUUGUCUUGCACUGGAGGCGUCUCUGAACUGGCCCGCAUCAACUCUCUGCACACCUCUGCCUUCAGCAAUGUUGCUUGGCUUCCUACACUCGUGCCCAGCUCUGUACUUGGAACGUACUGUAACAGUGCCAGCGCCUGCUUCGUGGCAUCAGAUGGUAAAAAUCUGCGUCUCUAUCAAGCUGUGGUGGAUGCCAGAAAAUUGCUGGAUGAACUGUCGGAUCCUGAGACUUCUAAACUGGUGGGCGAAGUGUUCAACAUCGUCAGCCAGCAGUCCACUGCCAGACCUGGAUGUAUCAUCGAGUUGGACGUCAUCACAAAUCAGUGUGGCGCCAACACCCAACUGCUGCAUGUCUUCCAAGAGGACUUUAUUCUCGGUUACAAGCCACAGAAAGAACAAGAAGCAUUCACAUCUGCCUUUCCUGGUGAAGAGUACCAACCAGCACCAUUUUCGGAGAAGUUUUUUCUGGUUGUGAUAGAAAAGGAUCUCAACAGGAACUCUGUCCUGCAGAUGUGGCACCUGCACCUUCAGUCUGUGCAAGCCUGUGUUGAUGAACCAAGUCCAGAUUAUAGCUUCCAGAGUCAACUAAUGGUUCCCAAUCAAGUUAUGAAUCCAGACUCUUCUCCAGAGACCUCGCCCGUCAGACCCUUGCCACGGUCGGCUUCUACAGCUAACUUGCAAUCAGCGAGCAAACUCAUCCUCAGCUCCAAGUUGGUGUACAGCAAGCGGCUGGACCUGCCUCAUGGGGUGGAGGUUACCAGGGCAACCCCUUCCGCAGGUCAUCUGAGUUCCUCCUCCAUCUACCCUGUGUGCCUGGCUCCAUACCUGAUUGUUACAACCUGCUCCGACUCUCGCGUACGGUUCUGGCGCUGCGCCGUGGAGGGGGAUGAGGGCUACAGCGAGGAUGGCCAGGACAACCGAGCGUUCCGCUGGGAGCCCUGGGCCCUGAUGAAUGAGGAGGAAGACAACAACAGUGCCGUGUGUGUGUCGGGGCGGCCUGUCGCCGUGUCCUGCUCAUACAUCGGCCGGCUGGCCGUGGCGUUCAAGCAGCCACGACCGGGACAGCUGCAGAGCUCUGGAGAGAACUUCUCUAUGCACGUGUCCAUCUAUGAGUGCGAGUCCACUGGAGGAUCAGAGUGGGUUUUAGAGCAAACUCUCCAUCUGGAUGACUUCACCAGACCUACAUCAACGCUAGAUCCAAGAGUCAGUGUGGACUCCAACCUCUUUGUCUACAGCAGGUUUGAUCUGUACAUGACCAGAGAUCAUAGCUCACCCAACAUCAAGCACUACGUUCACCUGGACUGGCUCUCAAAAGAAGACGGGUCGCACAUCCUGACUGUGGGCGUCGGCUCCAACAUUCUCAUGUACGGCCGCAUCUCCGGCAUGGUCAACGAGCAGACCAGCAGUAAGGAGGGGGUGGCUGUCAUCACCCUUCCUCUAGGGGGCAGCAUCAAGCAGGGCAUCCGCUCACGCUGGAUCCUGCUUCGAUCUGUGGACCUCCUGUCAUCUGUGGAUGGCACGCCAUCGCUGCCGGUCUCUCUCUCCUGGGUCCGGGACGGCAUCCUGGUGGUGGGCAUGGACUGCGAAAUGCACGUGUACGCUCAGUGGCAUCAAGACAAGAAGCCUGGCGAGGGAGAAGAGGGCAACCUGUCAUCCGUAGACAUCGCAGGAGGUCAAACCACAGGUUCUUCCUCAGUGUUCGAGGGCAGAGCCAGGUCGAAGAGCGUGUUCGAAGGGAGCGCCGCGGUAGAUGAAGCUCUUCGUGCGCCAGCAGGUCUUCAGGAAGGAGGGCUGUUUGAAGCAGCUCACUCCCUGUCGCCGACGCUGCCCCAGUAUCAUCCCACUCAGCUGCUGGAACUCAUGGACCUGGGCAAGGUUCGUCGUGCCAAGGCAAUCCUCGCUCACCUGGUGAAGUGUAUUGCCGGGGAAGUCGCCGUAGUGAGAGACGUGGAGGCAGGCGAGGGCGGAGCCAGACGACACCUGUCUCGGACAAUCAGCGUGACCGGCAGCACCGCAAAAGACACCAUAGUGGCCGGACGCGACGGAGGCAGGGACUACACGGAGAUCAACUCCAUCCCGCCCCUGCCCCUUUACUCCCUCAUGUUGGCCGACCUCGACACCUCGUACAAGGGACCGGAAGAGACUGCCAAGGCAGCCGACAGUGAGGGAGUCCAGAAGUCCACAGAGGAUCAAUACGCCGAUCUCUUCCAGGUUCCAGCGGUCACCACCGACGACUUUGUGAACUUUGCCACUGAUAAGCCAGAAAAGAGGUCUCGAGUGAUCAACCUCUCUCAGUAUGGACCGACCUACUUUGGACCAGAGCAUGCUCAGGUAUUGUCGAGUCAUCUCAUGCACUCCAGCCUUCCUGGACUCACCAGACUGGAGCAGAUGUUCCUGGUGGCCUUAGCUGACACUGUUGCGACCACCAGUGCAGAGGUCACCAGCUCCACGGAUCAGCAGUACACAGGUGGCGAGGCCCUCGAUGAGUGUGGCCUGAGAUACCUGCUCGCCAUGCGUCUUCAUACCUGCCUGCUCACCUCGCUUCCCCCGCUGUAUCGCAUGCAGCUGCUCCACCAGGGCCUUUCAACGUGUCACUUUGCCUGGGCGUUCCACUCGGAGGCAGAAGAGGAGCUGCUGAACAUGAUCCCAGCCAUGCAGAGAGGCGACCCGCAGUGGUCCGAGCUCAGAGCCGUGGGAGUGGGCUGGUGGAUACGCAACAUAAACACUCUGCGGAAAAUGGUGGAGAAGUUGGGUAAAGCUGCGUUCCAGAGGCACAACGACCCUUUAGAUGCCGCUCUGUUCUACUUGGCCAUGAAGAAGAAAGCCGUUCUUUGGGGACUCUUCAGAUCACAGCAUGACGAGAAGAUGACUCAGUUCUUCAAGAACAACUUCAGUGAAGACCGCUGGCGAAAAGCAGCUCUGAAAAAUGCAUUUUCUCUCCUGGGAAAACAGCGCUUUGAGCAGUCCGCUGCCUUCUUUUUGUUGGCCGGCUCUCUUAAAGAUGCCAUCGAGGUGUUAAUGGAGAAAAUGGAGGAUCUCCAGUUAGCCAUGAUAGUUGCGAGGCUGUAUGAAGCUGACUUUGAAAACUCCUCCACCUGCCAAGGCCUCCUUUACGAGAAAGUCCUGGGCUGCAACCGAGACGGGAGCGGUUACCACUGCUCCAGACUACACCCUGACCCUUUCCUCCGCAGCAUAGCUUACUGGAUCAUGAAGGAUUACACGCGAGCCCUGGACACGCUAUUGGAGCGAAUCCCCAAAGAGGAUGAUGAGAACCCUGAUGCAAUGGUGAAAUCCUGCAACCCCGUCGUCUUCAGUUUCUAUAACUACUUGAGGACACAUCCUCUGAUCAUUCGCCGCCACUUUGCAAGUCCAGAGGGUACAGCCACCGCUGUGAGCCUCACUGCUGAGAAGAGCAGCGCAGAUGAGAUCAACCUGAUAGAGCGCAAGCUCUUCUUUACCACUGCCAACGCACACUUUAAGGUGGGUUGCCCAGUUUUGGCACUGGAAGUGCUCUCCAAGAUUCCUAAAGUCAGUAAGAAAUCAGGCUCUUCACCUCUCAGCGAAGCCUCCUCUAAGACCAACCUAAACACAAGCCAGCCCUUGGAAAACGGCACCCAGGGCGGUCUGGACUGGGGCUCGCCAGCGCCGCCUUCGUUUGCAUGGGGAGGGAAUGACAGCGCCGGUGGGAUGGACUGGAGCCAACCUGCAAUCCAGGUCGAGCAAGACGAACUGAAGCUGGACUGGGGGGAAGACAAGGAGGAGGAUGAAGACGAGGACGACGACGGCCUGACCAUGAAGAAACCCGAGACGGACACCCAAGCAAGCAAAGAGAACAGCAGCCCCAAACUGCAGAGAGAGGACUCUCAGGGUGAGUCAGAGGUGGAUGUGAUCGCGGAGCAGCUGAAGUUCCGUGCCUGUCUGAAAAUCCUGAUGACAGAGCUGCGUACUCUGGCCACGGGCUUCGAGGUGGAUGGAGGGAAACUCCGCUUUCAGCUCUAUAAUUGGCUUGAGAAGGAAAUAGCAGCCAUGCAUAAGAUCUGCAACUACAAGGUGGAAGGGAAGGAGGAAGACUCGGAGGUGGAGCGCUGGGGAGACCGUUCAGCUUCAGUGGACAUAUCGGAUGAGGCACUGGAGCAUAUAGAGGCUGGAGCUUAUGAGCGCCACCAGAUGGAGCGAAGACGUCUUCAGGCCAAACAGCAGCACUCCGAAAGACGCAAAGCGUGGCUGAGGAAGAACCAGGCCCUGCUGAGGGUCUUCCUCUCCUACUGCAGUCUUCACGGAGCCAAGGGUGGGGGGGUCACCUCGGUCCGCAUGGAGCUUCUGUUCCUUCUUCAGGAGAGUCAGCAGGAAACAACAGUCAAGCAGCUGCAGUCUCCUUUGCCUCUGCCUACGACUCUGCCUCUGCUCUCAGCUUGUAUCGCUCCCACCAAGACAGUCAUAGCAAAUCCUGUUCUCCACCUCGGCAACCACAUCCACGACAUCCUCCACACAAUCACACUCAUGGAAAUUCCUCCACAUCCUGAUCGGAUGGACGAUCGGGUUCAUACUCUGCACACACUGGCAGCAUCGCUGUCUGCUUGUGUUUAUCAAGCGCUGUGUGACAGCCAUAGCUACAGCAGCCAGACGGAGGCCAACCAGUUCACGGGGAUGGUUUACCAGGGCCUGUUGCUCAGCGAGAGGAAACGACUUCGCACAGAGAGCAUCGAAGAACAUGUUACUCCCAACUCUGCCCCUGCGCAGUGGCCAGGUGUAUCAUCCCUCAUCUCUCUCCUGACGUCUGCGAGGGAGGAGGACCAGCCCAAACUCAACGUGCUGCUGUGCGAAGCGGUCGUUGCUGUUUAUCUGUCACUGCUCAUUCAUGGCCUGGGCAUUCACAGCAGCAACGAGCUCUUCCGGCUGGCGGCCCAUCCCCUCAACAACCGCAUGUGGGCCGCUGUCUUUGGAGGAGGAGCCAAAGUCAUUAUUAAGCCAAAGAGGCCCGAGCUCCCACCAGCUGCCCCCCCUCAGCCAGCCGAGGACGUGGACCGCCACAGGCGUAGAUUCAACAUGAGGAUGCUGGUUCCCGGACGGCCUGUGAAGGAGACGCCGGCCGCCCCGCCUCCUGUGCCCACCGAGCGGCCCACCUACAGGGAGAAGUUCAUUCCUCCAGAGCUCAGCAUGUGGGACUACUUCGUAGCCAAACCGUUCCUGCCUUUAUCAGACAGUAACGCUCUGUACGACUCGGAUGAAAGUGGCGCCGAGGACGAUGAAGACGAUGACGACGCCUUCCUGUCUGACACACAGAUGACGGAGCACUCUGACCCCAACUCCUACAGCUGGGCCCUGAUCCGUCUGGUCAUGGUGAAACUGGCUCAUCACUAUGUGAAGAACUUCAUUCCUCUUACUGGACUUGACUUCACAGACCUGCCAGUAACGUCGCCGCUCACCAACGCCGUGCUGAAGACUUUGGAGAAUUGGGAACAGAUUCUGCUGGAGAGAAUGAACAAGUUUGACGGCCCACCUCCCAACUACAUCAACACCUACCCCACUGACCUCAGCGCUGGAGGAGGGCCCGCCAUACUGCGGCACAAGGCCAUGCUGGAGCCAGACAACACGCCCUUCAAGACAAAGAAUCAUCAGUCCUUUCCAGCACGAAGACUUUGGCAUUUUCUGGUGAAGCAGGAAGUUCUUCAGGAGGUUUUGAUCCGUUACAUUUUCACCAAGAAAAGGAAGCAGAGUGAGUCUGUAGAGAACCAUAAGGACCGUAUAGGCCAACACUGCAUAGCAGGAGCUAGCAGUCUCUAUAAGGUGGAGGCUGAUCUGGGAUAUCCGGGAGGAAAAGCAAAAAUCAUUCACAAGGAGUCUGAUAUAAUCAUGGCUUUUGCCAUCAAUAAGGCUAACUCCAACGAGAUCGUGCUGGCGUCCACUCAUGACGUCCAGGAGGUGGACGUGUCCACUCUGGUGGCCGUGCAGCCCUACACCUGGAUCGGAGACGACUUCGAUAAAGAGUCCCGCAGCUCCGACGACAUCGACCACCGCUCCUCCAACACAAACAUCGCCCAGGCCAGCUCCGUCCCUUUCGCGCCGCCGCAGAUGCCGGUCUCUGCGUCCAUGCCGUGGCUUGGCAGCGGUCAGACCAGCAUGGGAGCCAGUGUGAUCAUGAAGAGAAAUCUGAAUAAUGUGAAGAGAAUGACGUCUCAUCCCAUCUAUCAGUAUUACAUGACGGGGGCUCAGGACGGCAGUGUGAGAAUGUUUGAAUGGAACCGACCUCAGCAGCUCAUCUGCUUCAGACAAGCGGGCAACGCCAGAGUCACCCGGCUCUAUUUCAACUCCCAGGGCAACAAGUGCGGCGUCGCAGACGGAGAGGGCUUCCUCAGCCUCUGGCAGGUCAACCAGACGUCCUCCAACCCCAAACCCUACCUGAGUUGGCAGUGCCACACUAAGACCUGCGGCGAUUUUGCCUUCAUCACGUCCUCCAGCCUCAUCGCCACGGCCGGACAGUCCAAUGAUAACAGAAACGUUUGUCUGUGGGACACUCUGAUUUCACCGAGCAAUACCAUGGUCCAUGCGUUCCCCUGCCAUGAGAACGGGGCCACCGUGCUGCAGUACGCUCCCAAACAGCAGCUGCUGAUCACAGGAGGCAGGAAGGGCUUCGUGUGUGUGUUCGACAUCCGCCAGCGGCAGCUGCUUCACACUUUCCAGGCGCAUGACUCAGCCAUCAAGGCCCUCGCUCUGGAUGCCUUCGAGGACUUCUUUGUCACCGGCUCUGCGGAGGGCAACAUGAAGGUGUGGAAGCUCGCCGGCCACGGGCUCAUGCACUCCUUCAGCACCGAGCACGCCAAGCAGUCCAUCUUCCGCAACAUCGGCGCCGGCGUCAUGCAGGUGGAGACGCGGCCCGGGAACCGGAUCUUCACCUGCGGGGCCGACGGCACCCUGAAGAUGAGGGUCCUCCCCGACCGCUACAACAUCCCCAGCAGCCUGGCGGACAUCCUGUAACGCCUCCUGUCGCUCCCGCAGGUCCAAAGAGAAAAGAGACAGACAGGGAGGGGAAAAAAAAAAAAAUCCACAGGCUUCUGUAACACUCUGUAGGCAUUAAUAGCAUCGUUGACGGGGAAGAGCUGCUCAGAGGACCGCCGCUGCUUCUGGCAGAGUGUGCAGUGUUGUUUUUCGGGGGGGGUUUACUGUCGACGUAAAUCAUGUCCGCGAUGACAAAAACGGAGCUGCAAACAUCUUCUUUUUAUCCCCCAAAGGCUGAAAACAAAGUUACAAGCAAAAGGUACCAUACUUGAUUUUAAAAGCUAGAUUUAUUGUAAUUUUAUUAAAGAAUCUCUACUCUUAGAGUGUGUCCAUAGGGAAGCUAUGCAUGUCCUGUUCUCGUUACGCGGUGCAAUCACAGGUCUAUUGAUAGUGCUCUGUAAAAGUGCUCAAGCAAAAAUUUUAAAAAGUGUGUAACUGUCGUCAUUUUGUGCCCACAGCUGAAAAUCUCUUAGCAUCUACUGUAACCAGCACUGUGGUUUGUUAUUAAGUCAGUGGUUUCCAGUGUGAAUCGAGUUGUUGGAAUCUGCAUUUUGUUUCAAUGGUUUUGCCCCCCCUCCCCCCCUCGCCCUUGCUUUUCCUCAUGGAAGAGUUGAUGGUGCAAAUCCCCCACCCCUCUCUCUCUCUCUCACUGGCUGCCCAUCGCUCGCUCGGGGUUUCGGGUUGGACCGGGCCCGGUCUGGUCCUGGAGUGUGCCCCCCCCCCCCCCCCCACCUCCCCCCACCUCACUCUGCUGUGUCCGCCAUCUGUACGCCUGCCCGCCCACCUGCCCUCAAAUGCCUGUUUGUGCGGCACUGCUAGAACAUUCCUGUUUGGAAGAUGAUGUGUUUUAAUCCUGUGACUGUGAUUUCAAUGUUUCCAUCUGUCUGGUCCGAAGCUUACCGCCCACUCGCCCCAGAGCAGAAACACAAAGGUUCACUUCUGGUUUUUGCACAAGGAAAUUGAUUUUUUUUUUUUUUUUUUUUUCCUUUUUCUAAUUAAGUUGAUUUUAUUUAAAUUAUUUAUGUUUUGCGUUUGGUUGACCAUUCCUUUUUAAAGAUAUUUAACUUAUUGCCUUUUAUUUUAGGAAUGUAAGGCGUUUUACUGUACCUGACUGGGAGAUGUGCAACACAGUCUACUGUAUGUAAGUGUGUGUUUCCUCGCUAGUUGUUUUUACCGUUUUAUCCAUAAGGAAUAGAUAUUUGCACUCAAAUUCUGGAGACACUAAAAGUUUAUUUCGAAUAAAUGCGUUAUCGAAGAAGAAACUGUUAUAUACAAAUGAAUGUCUGGCUUUAUUUGGCCUAGUAGUAAAAUGUUUGAAAUAGUUUUAAUAUAUAAAUUAUAUAAAUAUAAAUAUAUAUAUAUAUGAACUACUACAACAGCUUGUACAAACAUGAAAGCAUUUCUUUAUUUUUUGGUUUGUAUCAUACCAGUUGGAUUAGUUGUAACUUUUGUUAAGUGUAUGUAUGGUAUUUAUUAAAGAGAUUUGUGUUUCUCUCCCUCUUUCUGCCCACUAUGUGUACUGUAUGUAUCUUUAAGUGUUUUACCGAUGGUCCCGCUGGUGUCUGGUGUGUAUGUGCGUGUGCAUGUAAUAAUGCAAAAAGAAGCCAAUAUCACGGGGUCGACGCUUACAAGGGCACUUGAGCCUGAAGGUGUGUGAGAGAACAGGUCAUGGUCAGUUUUACCUUUGUAAAGUGAAUAAAUUCUUUUUAUUUCA